AUGGCGAGCGGUGAGUGGGUAGUGGCGCCGCCGCUGUGGCCUGUGGAGGCCCGGUUGGCGGCGCUGCUCCCGGAUCUGUUAGUCUUCAAGAAACCAGGGGGAUCGGAACCCGAGCUCGCCACAGCCCAGGGCGUCCUCCUUGGCGUCCACGUGACGGGGUUUACAGCAUUAAUGGACAGGUUCAAUCUGACAUGCAAGUCAGAAGAUCACAUGGACAAACUGGCCCACAUCUUCAGUUACUACAUUAGUGACAUCGUGGAGCGUCGGAUUUCCCAAGUCAUUGUUGGAGACAAGCAGCGUCAGUACCUCUUAGUGAUUGGGCGGGAUGUAGAUGACGUCCAGUUAGCUCAACGUUUGGCUCAGGCAAAUGAGAUUGUCUUGUCCUGGAAUUGCUGGAAGCUCUGUGAGCAGUACAUGUUUGAAGUGGAAAUCAUGAGGGAAGAUGAAGCUGUGAAGAUUGAUGAAGGCCAACCUAUGGAGUAUAUAUCUGAAUUUCGUACCGUGACUAUGGUUCUGGUCAACCUAGAGUUUCACAAGACAGCGUGGGUGCUGCAUUUGUGUCAUCUUAUUCAGGAGGCCGCUUUGUACAUCUCCACAGCCAUAGAGAAAGGGGGUGGCCAACUAAGCCGAAUCUUUAUGUUUGAGAAAGGCUGCAUGUUCCUCUGUGUCUUCGGUCUUCCUGGGGAUAAGAAGCCUGAUGAGUGUGCACAUGCCCUGGAGAGUUCCUUCAGCAUCUUCAGUUUCUGCUGGGAGAAUUUUGCUGAGACCAAGUGCUUUGGGAACCCCCUCUACUGUGAGGUCCUAUGCCAGGACCUUCUCUCGAAGGACAUACUGCUCUUUCAUGACUUCCAAAAGGAGGAGAAGGAGAACAGCAAGUGGGAGACCCUCUCAGCCAGUGCUAUGAAAUCUACAAUGUAUAGCAUUUCUCCUGCCAGCUUUGAAGAAGACCAGGAGCUUUACGUCUGCACAGUCAAGGAUGAUGUGAAUUUGGAUACAGUGCUUCUCCCACCCUUGUUAAAAGAUAGUUUUCAGCUCCAGACACAACCACCCAGAAGUCGGGAUACUCUCACAAGUGAACACUGCAGAACAGAGGAAGAGUUUCUGGAUCAAGUGAACAGGAAGCUGAAUCAGACCAGCCCUGAAGAAAACAUGUGCACAAUGAAGCCCUGUCACUGUGAGGAAGUCCUGAAGUUUGUGCUCUCCCCUCUUGCCCAGCACUGCCUGCUCAUUGGAGAAACCACUUGUGCAUUUUACUACCUGCUGGAGGCAGCCGCUGCUUCCUUGGGCCUCUCAGAUAAUUACAUGGCCUUCUUUUAUUUGAGGAAGGCAAGCAGUCUUCUAGGCCAACGCUCAGGAUUUUCAUUUUUGAAAAAGCACAAAGUGAAGAUCUGUCAGUUUGAGGAGGCCACUUUCUGCUGUCUUCGAUCAGAGGUCUGUUUUAACAUGGGGCAGAUCACAUUGGCCAAGAAACUUGCCAGGCAGGCCCUCCGACUACUGAAAAGGAAUUUCCCUCGGACCUGGUUUGGUGUCAUUUUUCAAACAUUUCUGGAAAAAUAUUGGCAUUUCUGUUCCCCGAGCCAACCUUCAAACAGCCCUAGUGAGAACAAGAAGAAGCUGGCAUUCCUGCAGCAGCGCGUGCACUGCCUCUCCCUGCUCUGUCAGCUCUACAACCUGGAGGCCACAGCCAGCAGUCGCAGGUUUGCUGGCCUGGCUAUUCUCAUGCAGAAGAAUUCAGCACAGGAGUUUGCAAAUGAAGUCCAGUUUGUCUCUACCUAUGUGGCGCUUUCCCAGUGCUCCCAGAACAUGGGUGACAGGGAGGAGUGGCUACACUGUGAGAAGAUGGCCAUUCAGAAAAGCAGCCUGUGUUGGUUCUCCAGGGAGGGACUGUUGGCCGUAGCCCGGCUCAUGCAGGCCUUGGCCUAUACCAAGCUCUGCCUUGGCCACCUUGACUUCUCCAUCAAGCUAGAUUUGCUCUGUGUGUCCAUGUGUUGGAGAGUCAGUGGGCGCUCAUUUCCCAGGGUCAUGAUGUCCUUGGCCUGGCCUGCUUCUAUUCCGCUUGCUUAGAUCUGCUGCUCUACGGAAAAGGAUUGCUGUGUCGGCCCUUUGGGGAGUGUCUGCGUUUCAUUCAACACUAUGAGCAUAGCUGUGUUCUAACCUGUCAGAGCAAUGUCAUGCUGGGAAUCCACUCCUCUCUGGCCAUGUGGUUCGCCCAGGACUCACAGUGGAACCUGUUUGAACACCACUUCUCCAAGGCUCACCAGCUGGUGAAAAGAA